AUGGCAACCCUAGGUUUGGUUAGUAGUCAAGACCAAGUUGUGUUGGACAUCCAAAGGGAAAUUGUAAAUUUUAUGCAACUUCCUAGGGAAGAUAAAAGCAAAAACAUUAUGGAUAUUUGGACAAGACUUAAGAAAAUGUAUCCAUUGAUGUAUGAAUGCGCUUUGGUUGCUUUAGCAUUACCAACUACUCAGGUCACAGUGGAACGUCUUUUUUCCAGUUUGAAAUUCAUAUUGAAUGAUCAACGAAAUAGGAUAAACCCCAGUUUACUGGAAGACAUAAUGGUUGUACGAUCAAACUAUUUAUUUGAUAAAAGUUAA